GAAUACAGUUAAUUAUACAAAUCGCUCAACAAAAUGUCGAGCGAUUACAAAUUUUCUUGAGAUGAACCAAAAACAAACCAAACUUGACUAACGCCCAAAAAUGAUAAACACGAUCGAAGCAAGCUAAACUAAACUAGAUGCGGCACAGCUGCUGCUUAUCUUGGUGGCUUACACAUGGUUCAAGAACCAGUUCCAGCCAACUCGCAUUUAAAUGCGUUCAUUGACUCGACUUUGCUACGAAUGUGUGCCAUAAUUUAUUGAAAUGGAUUUUAGGGUAGAGUUUUUCGAGCUAUUCCAUGCCAUAUUCCAUAGAAAUCAAAAUAAUUGCAGUAUUUGGCAAAUAUUUACCGUUUGUCUUAGACUAGACGAAUGUAUAAAUAAGACUAUCGUCUGGCAUUGCGAGUCUCAGUUUUACUGAUUGGACGACGGACAAUGAAUUCAGCGUGGCUUCGUCGUUUCGGCUUUCUAUGUUUGGUAUUGACUUGCUGCGAGGCGGCACCAUCGACUGAGAAGGAGGAGCAGGCGGUGCGCGUCUAUCCCAUCAGCGAGGAGCAGUAUGAACGCUUGCUGCAGAUUACCGAUGGCAAUAAUCUUAUAUCCGAGGGGCGUCUGACUACCGCCGGAUUCGCUUCGGUGCGCAACACGCUCGGCUCGGGCUGGCAGUCGCUGCUGCGCAUUGUCGGUUUCACCCCGACUCGCACGGAUCAGCCAAAGAUCGAUAUUGAUGGGCAGCCUCUGUGUGUGAUGAGGCGUAAUGUAUACGAUGCUGAGUCGCUUGGCAUAGAGGGCAGAUCGGGAAACGGCGAGGAAUCGGUCAUCAAUUGCAUUGUGGUGCUUAAGCGGGAUCCAGCAUUGCAGUCCCUCAGCUCUAGCAAUCCCGACUUUGCGCCCUAUUGGUAUCACGAACAAAGCGGAGAGCAGCAGCAGCAGCCAGCUGAGCUGAACUUUGCACCCGAGGCUGAACAGCAGCUGCAACGGGUCAGGACAUCAACAACUACAAUUGCGCCAAAGGUAACUAGGAAGCGUAACAAAGCCAAAUCCAAAUCCGUAUCCAAGAACAAGAAGAAGAACCAGAACAAGAAAAGGGCACGCCCAUCUCUCAAAUCUGUAUAUGCUGUGGCUGCUCCUCGUCAAUAUGGCUCACCCUACGGACCACCUGCACCACCACUGCCACAACUGCCACCACCUCCGCCACCAGUGCCAGCGGCACCAUAUGGCAGUGCCUAUGGCGGUGCUUAUCCCUUCCCUAGCUACGGCCAGUACAAUCCCUAUGCAGCCUACAGCCAACAACUGCCUUUUAGCCCUCAAUCAGCUUUUGGCCAACAGCCCUAUCCAUAUUCGCCGCAGUAUUACGGACAGAGCCCCUACUACAAUCCCCUUGCCUAUUACGAGCAACAAGAUAAAGAGGAAGAGGACAUUGAUGAGGACGAUGAAGACGAAGAGUAUGGCCAUGAUUUGCAUGUGGAGUCAGAAGACGAAGACUAUUAUGAAUAAAGAUCAUAUAAAAUAUACUUAAA